AUGAAAGCCCGCCCGCCCCGGGGACCUCGGCGGGCCCAGUGCCCUCCCGCCCCGGGGACCUCGGGCGGGCCCAGUGCCCGACUCCCGGGACCUCGGCGGGCCCAGUGGCCCGCCCGCCCCGGGGAUAGGCGGGCCCAGUGGCCCGCCGCCCCGGGGACUCGGCGGGCCGACUGGCCUACGGGGACCCUCGGCGGCGCCCGCCCCCCGCCCCGAGGACUGGCGGGCCGACAGGCCCGCCCGCCCCCGGGAACCUCGGCUGGCCGAACCGGCCCGCCCGCCCCGACCUCGCGUCCGACUGCCCGCCCACCCCGGGGACCUCGGCGGGCCGACUGGCCCGCCCCUGGGCACCUCGGCAAGGCCGACUGCCCGACUGCCCCGGGUACCUCGGCGGCCCAUGCCCGCCCCGCCCCGACCUCGGCGGGCCCGUGGCCCCGCCCGCCCCGGGGACCUCGGCGGGCCAGUGCCCCCUCCCGCCCCUGGGGACCCUCGGCGGGCCCAGUGCCCGCGCCCGGGGACCUCGCGGGACCCAUGGCACGCCGCCCCAGGGACCUCGCGGCCGCUGCGCCCACCCCGGGGCCUCGGCGGCCAGUGGCCCUCCAGCCCCUGGGGACCUCGGCGGGCCAGUGGCCCGCCAGCCCCGGGGGACCUCGGCGGGCCCAGUGGCCCGCCCGCCCCGGGGCCUCGGAGGGCCGACCUGCGCCCCGGGGACCUCGGCGGGCCCAGUGGCCCGCUGCCCCUGGGACCUCGGCGGCCCAGUGGCCGGCGGGGACCUCGCGGGCCCAUGGCCCGCCCGCCCCGGGGACCUCGGCGGGCCGACUGGCCCGCCCGCCCCGAACCUCGGCGGGCCCAGUGCCCCGCCCGGGGACCUCGGCGGGCCCGUGGCCCGCCCGCCGUGGGGACCUCGGCGGGCCCUGGCCCGCCCGCCCCGACCUCUGCGGGCCCAUGGCCCGCCCGCCCCGGGGACCUCGGCGGGCCUUGGCCCGCCCGCCCCGGGGACCUCGGCGGGCCAUGGCCCGCCCGCCCUUGGGACCCCUCGGCGGGCCCAUGGCCGGCCCGCCCGACCUUGGCCCGCCGACUUGCCCGCCCGCCCCGCCCGGGACCUCGGCGGGCCCACUGGCCCGCCCCCCGCCCCGGGGACCUCGGCGGGCCCAGUGGCCCGCCCCGCCGGUGACCUCGGCGGGCCCACUGGCCCGCCCACCUCCCGGGGACCAUCGCGGCCGACUGGCCCGCCCGCCCCGGGGACCUCGGCGGGCCCAGUACCCGCCAGCCCCCGGGGACUCGGCGGCCGACUGGCCCGCCCGCCCCGGGGACCUUCGGCGGCUCAGUUGCCCGUCCGCCCCGGGGACCUCGCGGGCCAGUGGCCCGCCCGCCCCGGGGACCUCGGCGGGCCCAGUGCCCGCCCUGCCCCGGGGACCUCGGCGGGCCUCCUGGCCCGGGCCCACGCCCGGGGACCUCGGCGGGCCCACUGGCCCGCCCGCCCCGGGGACCUCGGCGGGCCCAUGGUCCCGCCCCGCCCCGGUGACUCGGCUGGGCCCACUGGCCCGCCACACCCCGGGGACCCUCGGCGGGCCGACUGAGGACAACCGCCGCAAUGGUAUUAGGACGUACAAACUGGACACAACUGCCUGA